GCCGCUACUUUGGACUUAGCUUUGGCUGGGAAUGAUCUUCUGGUGCAAGCAAAGACGGGCACAGGAAAGACCAUCGCCUUUCUACUGCCUGCUAUCGAGCGUCUCUUGAAAGCCCCUGUAAACACACGCCGGGGUGUGUCCAUCCUCGUGUUAUCUCCGACCCGCGAACUCGCCCUCCAAAUCCAAAAAGAAGCAGAGACACUCCUCGCGCACCACACUUUCUCGGUACAACAUGCCAUUGGGGGUACAAAUCAAACAGCCGAACUGAAACGCCUCAUCAACUCGCCUUGUGAUAUCCUCGUUGCCACACCUGGAAGGCUACUCGACCACCUCCGCUCGUCUUCUCUUCCAGACCGGCUGUCAGAACUCAAGACUAUCGUCUAUGAUGAGGCUGACAGACUGUUAGACCAAGGAUUCAAGCCUGCACUGGAUGCGAUUUCGGGGUUUCUGCCUCCGAGGCACACAAGGCAGGCUUUGCUGUUCUCGGCCACCGUUAGCAAGGAAAUCAAGGCGGUCGCCGCUGGUGCUCUUCGUCCUGGCUACUCCUUCGUUUCUACACUCUUGGAGGACGAAACCAACACACACGAGCAUGUUGAACAAACCUACAUCAUCACUCCGCAAGCCAACUUCAUCUCAACAGCAGUCUCCAUCAUACAACAAGACAUGCUCGCGCAUCCCGGUUCUUCAAAAUGCAUGGUCUUCUUCCCCACAGCCCGUCAAGUCGGCUUUGCCCGGGAACUGCUCUCGCAACUGGAUGGAUUACCCCCAAUUUUGGAAAUCCAUUCGAGGAAGAGUCAGCCUGCACGCAUCAAAGCGGCUGAUGCUUUCAAGGUAGCAAAGAGUGCCGUGCUACUCAGCAGUGAUGUCGCCGCAAGGGGCAUGGAUUUCCCCGGAGUGACACUCGUCCUGCAAGUCGGACUCCCCGCCAACAGUGACCAAUAUAUUCACCGGCUCGGACGCACAGCCCGCGCGGGCGCUGCAGGGCGGGGCAUCCUCCUCCUUUCCUCUCCUGAGAAAUUUUUUCUCGGCACUCCAGGGAUGCGCGACAUCCCACUAACCCCCGCCCCUGUUCCUCCCUCUUCUAUCCCGCUGUCCCUAGAAAACGUGGCGAGGGAGAUGAAGGAGCAGGCUUACCGCGCAUGGUUGGGGUAUUAUAAUGGAUACUCGAAGGCGAUGGGGAUGAGCAAGCAGGAGUUGGUGGAGGCGGCGUCGGAGUAUGCGGUGGAGGCGUUGGGAUGGACAAAGGGCGAGCUGCCGCCGGGUUUGGAACCGAGGGCAGUGGGAAUGAUGGGGUUGAAAGGGGUGAAGGGGCUGAAUAUUCAACGUCGUAUU